AUGAAAGGUAGAUAUACAUUAAAAUCUAAUUAGGGUUAUCAAAAUGUGAUUUAUUUGGUUAGACAAUUACAUUAAGAAUGAAUAAAUAAAAUUUUUAUAAGACUGCUUUUGGAGGGUGUGUAUCUCUAAUUUUAUUUAUUACAAUGCUCUUGAUUUUUUCUCAAAAUUUAAUCUCAUUUUUGAACAAAGAAAAUUUAACUGCUACGGUAUUAACCACAUUUGAAGAAUUUCCAUCUUUAGCCACUUUGAAUGAUAAUACUUUUGCAUUUGCUAUUCAAAUUGAAUAAAGCGAUUUUAUUCAAAAACCCUUUUUUAAUAUAUAUGUUGAAUAGAAGCAUAUAAUUAGAUUUUUGAAUGGGUCGAAAAUAGAGAAUUCUUCAUAAAUUAAUCUUAUUCCAUGCACAUUAGAUAGAUUUCAUAAUAUUUUUGACAAAUAUGAUGUUAACAUAACAAAAUAAUUUUAUGAUUUAGAUUUAGAGAAUUUUUUGUGCUUCGAGUAAAAAUAUAAAUUAGUUUAGUUAUAAUUCAACAUUUUCUAUACAAGGUACAAAUUCAAGUAAAUAUAAUGAAAUAAUUUAAAGAUUAACAAUUUAAGUAUUUGAAAAUUUCAGUAAAUAAUUGUGUUGCAAAUAAAUCUUGUGCUUCUGAGACUGAAAGAUAAAAUGAAAUCCUAAAGAAUGGCUCAUUUAAAUUAAAACUCUACACUGUCAAUUAAGUUUACUAAAUAUCCAUAUUUAUUAGAUAUUGAAUCCAUAAAAUCCUGAUGAUAAAUAUCUUUAAACUUUUAUAGACGAUUCAUUUUACCUAAAAUUUCUACCUUCAGAUGUAUUCAAAACGGUAGAUGUUUUUUUAAAAGAAUAUGAAGUAUAAAAUGAUUUAAGUCUAACUCCAUUCAGCGAUAUUUAAUUAUCAAAAUUUUAUAUCUUAGAUUAGUCGGAAAUAAAAGAAAGAGUAGAAUUUCAAUCCAAAACAUCAAAUGAAAUAGCCACAAUAUAAUUUAGAAAAAGUCCUUAUAAAACAUCUAUUUAUAGGAGCUACCUAAAAAUAGAUGAACUAUUAUCAAAUUUAGGUGGAAUCUAAUAGAUUUUCUUUUUUUUUCUUGGUAUUAUUCUGUCACUGUAUAACAGAUUUCAACGUAUUAUUUUUAAAUUAAAUCAUAGUACUUGUGGAAUUAGCAAAUAAAUUAUAUGAGUUUUCCUUGAUUCAUUUAUAACAUGAAAAAAUUCAAGAAGAAAAUUUAGAAUAAAUUAAUCAGUUAACAACAGAAAGAUAAGAUGAUUUAAGAACUAGAAGAUUAACUGAAUAGGAAUUAGAAAUUAAGCUUGUUAAUCCAACACAAAUUAAGCAGAAGGAAAAAAAUGGAAUUUUAAAAUUUGGUUUUAAACAAUAAGAACUUGAUUAAGAAAUCAAUGAUUAAGAUGAUGAAAAUAGAAAUAUUAAAGAAGUUCAAAAAAAAUUUUAGAGGACAUCAACUAGGUUAAUAAAGAAUCCUUUUGCAAAUAAAAUUAUACCUGAAAAUGGUCUAUAAUAUUUCAAAUAAUAAAUUAUUACAAUAAUUAAUAGAUCUUAACCAAUUUUAUUAAGCUUUAGUAUGAUUAUUAAUUUCAUUACUUGCAAUCAUUGUUGUUCAAAUAAAAAAAAUAUUUAAUUAAUGAAUAAAGCUAUGUAAAAGUGAAGUUAAAUUUUAGAGAUUAGAUCACCGAUCAGAUAGAUUUAUUUAAUAUACUUACAAAAUUGAAUGAAUUAGACAAAAUGAAAGAGGUUAUUUUUACACCUGAACAAUUAUUAAUGUUUAAUUUUACACCCAAACCGAUGAUCUCAUUAGAUCUGACUAAAAAAACAAUUAAUAGGUCGUAUUUUGAGUAGAGAUCCAAAUGUGAUAUAGAAACUUAGUAAAAACAAUUUUAUUUUUAGGUUGAAUGAGAUAAAAUAAAAAAAGGAAUAAAAUCAACAGCCUAUCCAAAGAGGGAUGCAUUUAAGAGGAGAUGCAUAAUUGUAUUAGGAUAUUUAUAAUGUAGAUUUCAAUUUAUAAAUAGGCAUAUGAUGAAGUUCUCUAAGAUUAAGAAGAAAAUAUUAUCAACAAGCAGCUUAUUAAGAAGUUAGGUCCUGAAGUUCAAGCUAUUUUUAAACUUUCAAAAUUUAUUGAUCAAUAAAAAUUAUCGGCUAGAUCAUAAAAAAGGAAAAUUUUAUUAUAGUACAAUGAACCUCCUAGUAUCGAUUGA